AUGAUUCAACAAUUGCUCGUUUUUUUCUUGGUGCAUUUAUGCGCCGCCAAACGAUUGCCGCAGAUUUACUGGAACUCGACGAAUCCACUCGUGGAGCGAUAUGCGGCAAUUGGCGACACUCUUGACAUUUUGUGCCCUUAUUCGGAAGAGGGACUUGACGCCGAGCAGUCGAUCAUUUACCGUGUUUCCGAAGAAGAGUAUGAACGAUGCGAGGUGCGCAGCGACGCCGUCGAGCUCGGCAGGUGUACAGCUCCUGAGCGACGCGAGAAGCUUAAGGUCGCCUUCCGAUUGAUCAGCCCUAAUCCGUCGGCGCUUGUCUACCGACCAGGAAUAACCUAUUUCUUUAUUUCAACAUCUACUGGAUCCAAAAAUGGUCUCAAUAAUCAAAUGGGAGGUCUCUGUGCAAGUCACAACCUCAAAAUGGUGAUUCACAUCACCGACAAAAAUGGCGACAUUUCGGGUCAUCAUCAUCGUCAUCAUCACAGAAAAGUUAGCACUACAACUACUACUGAGAGCCCUGCUCCCACUACCGAACAAAGAAGAGGGGAUGAGUAUGAGGCAGAAAAACUGUGGGAGCAGUUUUAUGAAAAGGUGAUGCCAGCCCGAAAUAUGUGGCCAGAGGCUUCUCGUGCCGAACGAGUGACAUUGUACGCUGGCGAUAAGAAGGAUGAAUACGAGCAGGCUCCUGCCGAUGUCAUGGACUUUGAGAUUCAUGAAAUUGGAGAUGUGGAGUCGUUGUACAGCUCAUCAGCGACGCUUCAGAAUUUGUCGAUCUUGACUUCUCUCAUCUUAUUGCUGUUAUAA